CCGGGCAUACACAGGGGUGCGGAGGGAUGGCGCAUGCGCAGUGUGAUGCGCCGCGCCGCUCGCCUCAUGGCCGCCGCCGGUACCGGAGCCGGUAUCGGACCCGGGUCCGCUCCGCGCAUCGGGACCCACGACGGCAGCUUCCACUGCGAUGAGGCCCUGGCGUGUGCGCUGCUGCGGCUGCUGCCGCGCUUCCGGGACGCUGAGGUUGUUCGCACCCGGGACCCACAGCGCCUAGCCCAGUGCGAGGUCGUGGUGGACGUGGGGGGGGAGUACGACCCCGAGCGGCACCGCUACGACCACCACCAGAGAUCCUUCACACAUUCCAUGCGGAGCCUGCGGCCGGACAAGCCCUGGAGCACCAAGCUCAGCAGCGCUGGGCUCAUUUACUGCCACUUCGGCUCCCAGAUCCUGGCGGAGCUGCUGGGGCAGCCGGAGGAUGGCCCUGUGGUGGCUGCGCUCUAUGACCAGCUGUACGAGAGCUUCGUGGAGGAGAUCGACGCCAUCGACAACGGCAUCGCGCAGGCAGAGGGGGAGCCCCGCUAUGCCAUAACCAGCACCCUCAGCGCCCGCGUCGGGCGCCUCAAUCCACGCUGGAAUGACCCCAACCAGGACACCGAGGCUGGGUUCCAGCGGGCUAUGGAGCUGGUGCGCAGUGAGUUCCUGGAGCGGCUGGAGCAUUGCCACCGGAGCUGGCUGCCGGCGAGGGCACUGGUGCAGGAGAGCAUCCAGCGGCGCUUUGAGGUGCACAGCAGUGGGCAGGUGCUGGAGCUGGCUCAGGGCUGGUGCCCAUGGCAGGACCACAUCUUCCGGCUGGAGCAGGAGCUGGCGCUGCCUCGGGCGCUGCUGCUGGUGCUGUACCGGGACCAGGCCGGGCAGUGGCGGGUGCAGAGUGUGCCCACGGGGCCACACUCCUUCCAGAGCCGGCUGCCCCUGCCUGAGCCCUGGUGCGGGCUCCGGGAUCAGGCCUUAUCCCAGCUCUCCGGCAUUCCCGGCUGUGUAUUCGUGCACGCUACCGGCUUCAUCGGUGGCAACUGCACCCGGGAGGGGGCCCUGGAGAUGGCCCGAAGGACACUGGAGCAGUGUGGGGCGGAGGAGACCCCCCCGGGCACCGGCACUGCCAAAGGGACCCUUUGAUCCAGGGAUCAAUGCAUGGAAUGGGAUCGUUGUUAUGGUGCUGGGGGGGUCACUGCCCCUUAUCCCGGUGUGGGAUGGUGUGAGCCCCAAACAAGAGACUUUGGACCUGAA